CCGUCUAGCAGCGGCUGUGGAUGUGGAGGCGGGGAGCGGCUGUCCGUGGUGCUGAUGGGAAUGAUGCUCUCCAGUUCUGUGCAGCCGCUACUGCGCAUGUUGCAUGACAGGUACACGCAAGCCUCCAUCUUGGGCAUCCCAAGCUAAGGCGAAAGGGCAGCAGCCAUAUACACGUUGAUUUAAAAAUAACAACAAACGGGCUCGGAAACCAAAACAACAACAAAAAAAAAAAAUUGGCAAUUUGCCGAGAUGUAACUUUUCCCCUCAAACCAAUUGAACUAAUCGCUUCAGUGCAGGAAGACGGAAGCAGAAUGGAAAAGAAAGGGAGCGAAUGGUCGUGGAAGCUCUGUUAACCACUGUUUUCACAGUCAGCUUGAGUGGAUCGAGAUUUCUGAGGAAUUGACAGGUGACAAAGCCAAACGGUUCAGAAUGGGCACAAGGAAGGUCGCCAUUAUUCUCCUAGUUCUCUUUCUUUGCUUAGACGGAGGAUUUGCCAAAGAAAAAGGAGCAAAGAAAGGAAAGAAGAAAGGGAAGCAUGUUUACUGUCCAUCACAGCUGUCAUCUGAGGAUCUGGCCCGGGUCCCUGCAAAUUCAACCAGCAACAUCUUGAACAGGUUACUGAUCACCUAUGAUCCCAGAAUAAGGCCCAACUUCAAAGGAAUUCCUGUGGAGGAUAGAGUGAACAUUUUCAUCAACAGCUUUGGCUCAAUCCAAGAAACAACCAUGGAUUACAGAGUCAACAUCUUCUUGCGGCAGCGCUGGAAUGACCCCAGGCUGAAACUGCCAGACGACUUCAAGUCUGAUUCUCUCACUGUUGAUCCCAAGAUGUUCAAAUGUCUCUGGAAACCCGACCUGUUCUUCGCUAAUGAGAAGAGCGCCAACUUUCAUGAUGUUACCCAAGAAAAUAUUCUCCUCUUCAUCUUCCGUAAUGGAGAUGUCCUAAUCAGUAUGAGGUUGUCCGUCACCCUUUCUUGUCCACUUGAUCUGACCUUAUUCCCUAUGGACACACAGAGGUGUAAAAUGCAACUUGAAAGCUUUGGUUAUACAACAGAUGACCUGCAGUUUAUGUGGCAGACAGGAGACCCUGUGCAAAUGGAUGCUAUUGCUCUGCCACAGUUUGAUAUCCGACAAGAAGAUAUUACUUAUGGAAACUGCACCAAAUACUAUGCAGGCACAGGGUACUACACUUGUGUAGAGGUUAUCUUCACCCUAAGGCGACAGGUUGGCUUCUACAUGAUGGGUGUUUAUGCCCCUACGCUGCUCAUCGUAGUCCUUUCAUGGCUUUCCUUCUGGAUUAACCCUGACGCAAGUGCUGCCAGGGUUCCUUUGGGCAUCCUCUCAGUGCUCUCUUUGUCCUCUGAGUGUACCUCCUUGGCCUCAGAGCUGCCUAAAGUAUCCUACGUCAAGGCUAUCGACAUCUGGCUCAUUGCUUGCCUGCUGUUUGGUUUCGCCUCGCUGGUGGAGUAUGCCGUGGUUCAAGUGAUGCUCAACAGCCCAAAACGCAUUGAGGCAGAGAAGGCAAAGAUAGCAUCCAAAGAGAAGGCUGCAGGAAAGAGCCCUGCUGCCCGGAACAACACGGUCAACGGAACCGGAGGGACACCGCUUCACGUCAGCACCUUGCAUGUUGCUGAGACCCGCUGCAAGAAGGUAUGCACCUCUAAAUCAGACCUGAGGACCAAUGAUUUCAGCAUUGUGGGUUCACUCCCACGGGACUUUGAACUGUCAAACUUUGACUGCUACGGGAAGGCCAUCAAUACUGGUUCUGGUCUCGGCAAAUCCCAAGCAAAGAACAACAAGAAACCUCCUCCCCCAAAGCCGGUCAUCCCCUCUGCUGCCAAAAGAGUUGACCUGUACUCGAGAGCUCUCUUCCCUUUCUCCUUCCUCUUCUUUAAUGUGAUUUACUGGUCUAUAUAUUUGUGAUUAUCUUCAAAUGAUCUUGUAUUAUCGACACACCCCCCCCACACACACACACACACACACGCGCACACACACACCGUCACAAGUUUCUUAACUAUCAAAGUGAACUUAAAGAAAUGUGAAACCUACCCAUGCAAAAUGAUUUUGAGAGUCAUUAUAUAUUACUAUAAUUGUUAUAUUUAACUUAAAAAAACACACACAUUGUGACCAUUUGUGUAUAAAAAAAAUCAUUCCAAAUCAGUCUUUCUUAUCUUUCCUAAAAAGUAAGUAUAAAAUCUGAAGCUUUGUUUUUGUAGUACUUAAGAGGUUAAUACAGGGUUGCAAAUAAAGCAACUGAUGUGAUGCAAACAAAUCCACAAAGACUGAUUAAGAAAUAAACUGUAGUCGCGCAGAUCGAUUGAUGAUGCUUAUGGAUUUAUUAAUUUAUUUGUUUGAUUAAUUUUUGCCAUUGCCCAGUGGGAGUAUGCUCGCAAGUUUAAUACGUUUAAGCGUUUUAUUUAAGCUUUAAUGCAACGUGCAACAUUAUAAUUACCUUGCAUGUUAAAAUAAUGCAUGUAUAUGAAAACAAAGUAUAAAAAAAUAUAUGUAUAGAAUAUAUAUUUAAUAUAUUUAUUUAAUAUUAUUUUGAUUUGCUCUUGAGAAGAUAUGUGGAUGCGAAACACUCCUUCCUGCUCAGACGGCCAUGUGACACUGCCACUCCUCUAGCAAAUGUAAUAUUUGACACUUUUAUUGUGUGUAAAUGGAUCACUACUGAACUGGGACCAUAUGUUUGUGAAAUACACAAGCAAAGAAAAAUAAAUGAACAAGCAACUUUUCACCAUUUAAUGUGAUUAAAUUAAACAAA